CCCGUGGUCAAGGUCGAUGCGCCUCCGCUGAGCAGCCCCGCUUCCUGCGGAGGGAAGGAGGGAGCCUCCUUGGGAAGGAGGGCGAUGGAGGUCAACUGUUUAACACUACAAGACCUGAUCAGCCCCAGGCAGCCCAGGCUAGAAUUUGUGAUUGAAGAUGGGGAAAAUGCACAAAAGGAAAAUAUAUUUGUUGAUCGAUCCAGGAUGGCCCCAAAGACGCCAAUGAAAAAUGAACCGAUUGAUUUAUCGAAGCAAAAAACCUACACACCCGAAAUAAAUCCAAUUACACCAGUUAAGUUUGCUGACCGGCCUCAGGCAGAGCCCUGGACCCCUACAGCUAACCUGAAGAUGCUCAUUAGUGCAGCUAGUCCUGACAUGAGAGACCGGGAAAAGAAGAAGGAGCUGUUCAGACCAAUUGAAAACAAGGAUGAUGCAUUCUCAGACUCACUGCAGCUUGAUGCUAUUGGGGAUGGCCCUGUGAAUGAAUUUGAAAAGCAUCGAACAAGCAGAAAGCAGAAGAGUUUAGGACUCUUGUGCCAAAAGUUUCUGGCUCGCUAUCCUAGUUACCCCUUAUCCACGGAGAAAACGACAAUAUCCCUGGAUGAAGUGGCCGCCAGUCUGGGUGUAGAACGGAGACGCAUCUAUGACAUCGUGAAUGUGUUGGAGUCCCUGCAUAUGGUUAGCCGGGUGGCCAAAAAUCAAUACGGCUGGCACGGAUGGCACGGCCUCCAGAAAACCUUGAAGAACCUCCAGAGACUAGGAAAAGAACAGAAAUAUGAAGAGCAGAUGGCCUACUUUCACCAAAAGGAGCUCGACCUAGUGGAGUAUAAAUUUGGAGAGCGGAAGAGGGAGGGCUUCCUGGAUUCCCAAGACCAACAGUUAUUGGAUUUCUCUGAGCCUGACUAUGCCUCUAUAUCUGCAAACAGCAGGAAGGACAAAUCUUUGCGAAUUAUGAGCCAGAAGUUUGUCAUGCUGUUCCUUGUCUCCAAGACGAAGAUAGUCACCCUAGACAUCGCCGCCAAGAUCCUGAUUGAAGAGAGCCAGGAUGUUGCUGAUCAUAGCAAGUUUAAAACAAAGGUACGAAGGCUCUAUGACAUUGCCAACGUUCUGACCAGCCUGGUGCUCAUUAAGAAAGUUCACGUGACCGAAGAGCGAGGUCGGAAGCCAGCAUUCAAAUGGAUCGGUCCUGUGGAUUUCAGCACAGAAAAUGGUGAACAACUCGUAGGUGUUUCAACAUCUGCUCUGCCAGAACUGAAAACAGAGCCACGCUCCCCUUUUCAGCCCUGUGUGAAGCAAAGACUGGCCCGCCAUAGCUCCUUCAACGUGAUUCCCACUUCAGACGGGAUCAAAAGGAAAGUGAGCUCAGAACCCAGCAGCCCUCACCGAGGAGAGCGAGGUUCAGAUGAAUAUUGCUCGAAAAUAGUCAACCUGGCAGCUGCCUGCAGGCAGAAGAUAGAUGAAGAUUCACAGAAUCAGGGAUGUAUCAGUAAAAAGAUGUUACACUCAUCAGGCAAGCUCGACCCUGUUCCUCCUUUCCCAGGUCAUCCUCAGGACUCAGAAUAUUGCUUUCAUCCAUUAUCCCACCAAGUAUUCUCUAAUGCCCCAGCAGACCUGUCGCCAAUUCAUCUGCAGAAUGGUCUCGAUGGACACGUAGCUCUCGUACCCACUCCCACAGCCUCCAAAGCAGAGAGCUUGAAGCCCACCGUGCUCCCCAAUCAACCUUUGGUCUAUGUUCCCUCUACUUCUCUCUUCAUGCUAUAUGGAAGCCUCCAGGAAGGCCACCCCAAACCAGACAAGGGCUGGGAUACUCCCGACGUGGCACAGACCUCCUGCUUCUCCACGGAACUGUCAGCUCUUCCCCUUGUGAGCUCUCACAAGCGCAGGCCUCAGCAAGCUCAGGAGCCAGCUGCUAAGAGACAGAGCACAGAGAUUGAGGAUGGCCCGCUCUCGCUGGUGUUGCCCAAGAAACUCACAGACUCUACCGAUGUUGCCUCUCCCGGGAGUAUUGGUAGUGUAGGUACCAUGCCCUUAGAAGCUUUUCAGGGGUACCCAGAAAUGCCCCUUGCUGUGGAGGCAGCAAGAAAAACUACAAUCCAGUGCCUAGCUACCCCUAAGAGGAAGAAUCCUUUGAGAAAUGCAGACAUUGAAAAGUCUUCAAAAGAAAGAGAAAAUCUCUCUGAAGAAAACACCAAAGAUCCGUCUCAGCCACAAUAUCUUUAUGUGCAGUCUGCGCCUGGAUUAAAUGGUUUUAAUUUCCUGCUGCCUGCCCACCAGGCUGCCAAUGCUGUUGGACCAUCUCCAAGUCAGUUGACUUCUCUCCAUGUUCCAUGCAUGGUUGUGCCGUCUACAGCCCUGGCCCCAGUGCCUUUUUUCUAUUCUCCGGCAAUCAACAGUCCAGUGCCUUCUUCUGGCCCAGUGAAUUUUGGCUUACCAGGCCUCAGAUCAUCAAGUCAGCUCCUUGUUGGCACCAACAUGGUUAAUCCAAAGACAUCAAAAGUCCCAUCCACGGAACCACAACAUCCAGGCCAGUCUCCAGUUAACCUAAGCCCUGGGGCAUCCAGGUCCCGUAAUACAAUCACGCCUGAUUCCCCUAUUUGCAUGGGUCACCUGGUAACAAUUAUGAAACUACCCCAGUCACCAGGCCCAAUGACACCCAAGAGCAUCCGGCCGCCAUGCUGCGAGACCUUCUUCAAAACUCCUGGCAGCCUUGGAGAACCUGUGACUUGGAGAAAAAUUGAAGGGAGUCAAAGAAAUUUAAGCUCUGCCCAGAGGAGACUCCAGAUAUCCAGUGGCAGUCCUGAUUAACUGUAGUGUAGCCACAUGGAAUGGAGAAACCCACCAGGGAUCUUAACACUUGUUAUAAGGGGCAUGCUAGUCCCUAAUGGGCUGUUUAUACUACAGAGCUUAAGAGUAUCUUUUCCCAUUCUCUUCCACUAGUCCUGUUAACUCUCCCUCCUUUCAAGUCAUACAUAUUCCUGAAAGUAAUUUUUUAUUAAUUGCUCAUUUAACAGCCAUGAGGUUACAAACACUAUACAGCAGUGAAAGCAUUGACUCACAGUUGUGGUUUCAACGUCUUCUUGCUCUUAAGUCGACUGAAGAAGCUACCAGAGUCUUGUGGUUUGGGAAAAGGUGAGCUGUCUAGCACUUAACUAGAGUAAUCAUUCCUUACUUUACAUAGACUGAACUUACCCUGAGUAAAUCUGUGGUAAAACCAAUUACUUUCUGCAAUUAAAAACUUAACUGCUCUCUGAGUCUCUGUCGGUUAAAGACAGCAUCAUCUAUACAUUCUACUUUUGUAUUUAUUUUGUUCCUGAAAUGGGACUUAGUGGGAAGAAAAAAAGAAGUUUACAACUACAGAAAAACAGAUUUUCUCAGGGCAUGACUACUUGAAUGUUAAUACUAUUUCCUCUGUAAUUUGCCCUAUACUUAAAAAUCCUAAUCACCUAUGGAUGAAUGUAUACAUGUGAAAAAAAAAAAGUUAAGACCAGAAUAACUGUGAAGAAUAACAUGCUAUGAUAUAUGUCGUGUAAAUGAAUUGUACUAACAUUAUUUGUGCAGGUAAGAAAUGAGGUGAAAGAUAGGGGGACAAUAGUUAGUGCUCAAGUAUCCAAGUGAAAAGUUAGUUUUUGGUGCUAUGUUUUCAAAUCCCAUACUUUCAGUUUCCUUCCCUCCUCCCACCAAUCCCAUCCCACCCACACCCCAUCACCACUACCACAUUCUUUUUCACAAUGUGAAAUUUAAUGAAACAAUUGGGAGCAAAUUCUUUCUAGCACUUUCUGUUGAGUUCAAAUGAGAAAUGUAGAAAUUCUCCUUGUAGAGUAUGUCUGAGGGGAAGAAACUUGGGAUGUUUUGCCAGGUAUCCAAAUUAGGAAAAUGACUUAAGAUGGAUAAAUUAGUAUAGGAAAAACCAGCACUCUUUUCUUUGACUCAUUUCUUUAUUCUUGCAAGGGGCAAAGGAGAGAAUAGGUACAUUGUAAUUAAGUAUCUAAGAGUACUCAAACGAGAAUUGUUUGAUAUUCGGGAGGAAUAAGAAUGGUUAGUUUACAGGUUUUGAAUAUAUUGUCAUAAACAGUAGUCCAAGUGCCUUUCUACUGUAUCCCUCUGAUCAACCACAUGACUUUGUUGUAACAAGUAUGAAGAUGCCCAGAAGGGUACUGCUGAUUUCUAAAUGUGCUGGCAUUUAUCUCAUUCGCUCUUUAGAAUAGAUUUAUCCUUUUUUCCCUGCUAUUUUUCCUGGAUAUUUAGAAUCCCCUAACCUGGUCCCAAUAAAAUGUUAUCCAAAAAAAAAAAAGAAUUAAAAUAUUGAUUUAAGUGACUCUGGGAGUCUGAUUAGCUUUUUAUUAACCAAUCCAAUUCAACAAGCAUUUAUUAAGCACCUGCCCUGUGCCAGGCACUAUGUUAGGUGCUAGAGAUACAGAGGCAAAAAUCAAAUAAUCCUUCUUCUCAAGAACUUACAUUCUACUGAAUGAAACAGGAAAGUAAUAAUAAUCUUAAAGCCUUCAAGGUAGGCAGCUUCAUUAAAUAAAAAUGCCAUUUUUUUUUACUUAAAGUUUUAUAGACACUACACUUUUAAAGUUUACAUAAUUCUUUUUUCUUUUUUAUUCGCUCUUCUGAAUAACUCUUAGAAGCUAAACAAAUAAAUAGAAAGCAGCAGUUUUGUUGCUAUGUGAAAAAUGAGAUGAACUAUUGGAGGCCACCAGUUAGCACCCAUGUGAUUGAGAGAAAGAGAGGGCUGACCUUGGAGCCAAGGUGUGUGACACCUGAGUGAAUCACUUCAUUUCCCCAUGCUCCAGACAACUCUCUAAAAUGGCAAAUUACAGAGGUGUCAACCUGCGUUGGUAGAAGGAAUUUCCUCCUCCUAGGAGCUCCCUGUCAAUGAAAUCACAGGUUCAGUCCCUGUCCUAUCAAUGAUUGAAGAUAGAGAUGAACCUGAGCUAAUAGAGAUAGAUAAUGAUUUGACCUUAUUAGGUAGAUAAUGUGAUAUAUAGGCUAUAAAUCUGUACAGGGUACAAGUUUUUUUUUUAUCAUAGGCCAAGUAUAAGAUUUUCUCCGUAACGUUUUCACUGAGAUGGCCUAUAUUUUAUAUCAAAACUGUUUUGUCUUUCUGUCCCCCACCCCAAUCUUCCCACUGUACCUGAAAACUCACCACUUAAUAUCUUUUCUUGAUUCCUUUACUCUCUCACUUUGUAUCUCUUUCCUGUAUGGUGUGCCUCUAACCACGAGGGAUACAACAUGUAGGAAGGAUGCCUGGAAUCUUGGGGGAUCCCGAGAACCUCCUAUCCCAUAUCUCUCAUUUCUGCAGGACUGGUGAUGGGACAGCCAUACUUGGCGACCUAAGACCAGAACAUGGUUCCUAAAGUAUCCAACAUCCACUUCUAAAGGUGUGGCCUUGAUAAAAAGAGACCACAAAGAUCAUUACUUUUGGGGACAGUGCCUCCAACAGAAUACCUUUCAGUACUUGAGCUGCUGAACUCAAUUUGGGGGAGAUUUUUUUUUUUAGUAGUAAAGAAGCAAUGGCAAUCUAGACUCUAACACUGUAUAAUGUAAAAGGAAAAAAAAUGUCAGCAAUGCUGCUAGGACAAUGCAGUCUUUGUAUUUGCACUGAGGAAGGUGCACACAUGGCCCAGGGUUUGUGAAACCCUUCCAUCCUGGUACAAGUGUUGGGGACAUAACUUAUAUACUUGAAUCUACCAACCAAGUUUACAUUUCUCAAGUUCUUUUUAAAAAGGUGCUAUUUCUGUAUUUAAAAAAGCUGUAUUUUUUUUCCUCCAUGUAAAGCUGCUUGCUGUUUAUAUUAUUGCACUGCUAGUUUUCUGUAGUUAUUAAUGUUAUUGCUGCUUGUAGCUUUCUUCCUAUCAUUUCUCCCUUUCCUUCCUUCUCCUUAGCUAUGUUCUCUAUAACUGCAUAUAAUUUUAUUUACUAC